AGGUGUAUUAAAUAUGUAUAGUGCAUUCAACGCGGUGCCAUACGUUACUCUGUCCAAGAUUUCAAAACGCUCAAUAAAAACUCUCGUGAGAAACCUCAAUUCAAAAAUCCAAUCCAAUCCAUCGAGACUCUCAAUGGCGCUGGUGGUGGUCUCGUCGUCCGUCGAAGCCGGCAUCGGCUGCUAGGACCUCCGCACAAGCGCCGAGCAACUCUUAGCCUCUCCGACUCACGACCUCAUCUGCGUCGGCAAACGGUUCAUCGCCCACUCUUAGCCUCUUGAGCCUUCUGCCUCCUCUGGCUUUAUCCAGUACUGGUCCUGGUCCAAGAUGAUGGCUUCCUGCUGAUUGCAAGGUCAGAGGAUGAAGGCAUUAGAAUUUGAUUAUGCGAUGAUGAUCAAAGUCAACAGGAAAGCCAUCUGUGCAUGUAUAACUUUACGGAGCACACUCUGUUUAACGGCUGUUGUCGUAGGAUAUGGUGGAUGCAAAGCCAUUAUCGUGUCAGCAUCUCAGGAUCGCACAUGUAAGGUUUGGAGUGUAGGAAGUGGGAGAUUGUUGAGAAAUAUUGUUUUCCCUAUUAUAAUUGAUGCGAUUGCACUGGAUCCUGGUGAAAAUGUCUUCUUUGCGGGUGGUAGAGAUGGCAAGAUAUACGUUGCUGCACUUAAUGCUAGAGCCCACUUAACAGCAAGUAUGGGUUCCAUAUCAUCGAUUGUUUCUCGAAUCACAGGUUUCUCUCUUUUCCUAUACGAACCUUUUGAUGAACUUACUGAUAUUCCAGUUUGCAGUUUUAUUUGGUAUUCAGAUGAGUUUUCUUCAGUUAAGACUUCUCUAAUUUUUAACUCUGUAUUUUUCGUAUUUCAAAGUAUAACUGCCAAACAUUGUUGCACGUUUUAAGAACCCUGCAUUCUUCGUAUAGUUAUGACAGACAGGCUUUGCAUUCUGGGGAACUGAAUUGAGGAACAUUCAUUUUAGUAGAUUUCGAAUGAGUAAAACUCUUUUAACUGACAAUUUUAUACUUUCUGAACUGCAAAGCUGUUACUUGCUUAGCAUAUGGCAUUUCUGGAAAUCACUUGAUUUCUGGAUCAGAUGAUGGUGUGGUUCGAGUUUGGGAUGCUAGAACUCAUAACAUUCUUCGCAUGUUCAAACAUGCAAAAGGUUAUCUCAAUGCUAUUUGAAUUAUUUCCUUACCCGGGUUGAUGCAAAUUUGAUGAUAUUAAAGCAAAUUUAGUGCUAAUUAGUGUACCACUGUUUCAUAAUACAGUAUAUAUUAGAAUAUCUCAGUUGCUAUGUUCAAUCUGCCAAACUUUACUAAUUCGUUUAGUAUUUACAUAAAAUUUGCUGUACUCCACAGGUCCAGCAUUUUUCUGCGAAAUAUAUUGAAGACCUCAAACAAGUCUGGAGCUCUUUGCAUUAUACUGUACACACACACACACACAAUUAAUGUGCCUAUGUCUAGGCGAUCUUCAUUCUGCCCGAAGGCAAAGGAAAAGAUGAUUCCGAUGAAAUCUGUAAUGCAGCAACCAACCACCGGUUCUAGGAAUGCAUGCAGCUUUGUCUCCCUUUCCAUCUCACUUCCUCUCCUGCGUUCAUUAGCAGCACUCGCAACAGUCAGGCAGGUAGGAUUAACGAAAAAAACUUGAAAAGUUCAACGAAACAUGCAUGCAUAAACUAAACACCCCAAUUAAUUUUGAGAUUACCUGUUUCUGCACUCUUCCUUUUAGAUGAUUUUUGCACCCGGCCAAACUCAGCUCCAAUGUAGUGGUUUUGGUUUAUUUCAGGUAGCAUUGUUUGUACACCCUGGAACUGCUAGUAGCUAAAUCAGAAAACUGGAGGUCUGCAAAAUUUUGUGACCAUAAACUGUUACUUUCUUGCAUAUAAUUUUCGGUUUAAAGUUGCUUAUUAUAGUCUCAAAUCCAGAGAUUUUAAAAAUAAAAUAAAACUGGAGCAUUGCAAAUCACGAUAUUGGGAGAGGAGGAAUCGACCUGGGGACCUAGAAUAUGGUCUUUACCCUUGCAA